GGCGUGACACAGGCACUCCUGGCAUAACAACAGACCUGAGCCCAAGCGAAGAGAUCUCUCUCCUCCGGCGGCAGGUAGGGAGGCUAAACCGACGGGUGAUGGCCCUAGAGCUGGACACACAGCAACGUGCACACCGGGAAAUGAUAAUGUAUACUCUUGGCGUGGCAUACUUCCUCAUCAAGGCCAUUCUCUGGAUCAACAGAAACUGAGCAACAGGAAAAAAGGGUUAAAAGUCAUCAGUGGUAAUAAAGAUGAAUUGUGAGCACUCCCAGCGGUGCAUUCAUCCUGAGUCGUCGGGACCAAAGUUGGCAUCUGAAAAUCAAAAUUUGACUGAAAGCAAUGCAUCAGUUGAUGUCAACAAAGCACCUUCAAACAUCCAGACAAGGGGAACACAGUAAGUUAUUAAGACUGUUAUGGAUAUAUCUUCUUUGGAAUAAACCAAAGAGGCCUGUGACUGCUGCAGUACAACCCUUUCAGGGGGGAAAAAAUGUGGUUAAGUGAAAUGUAAUCUUGAUGGACCGAUAUGAUUUUGUUUCAAUUUUUUUCUCUUCUCUUUCUGAUGCAAGUGGGUGGUUGUGAACUGAAUUUCUCCUUCACUAGUCGGUACUUCUAUGGCAUGUGUCUUGGUUAUACUGAAGGCAUUGUUCAUAGGCUCAUGUCUCAAAAGUUCUGAGUGGUGUGAGAAGGAUUGCUCUUGCAUAUCUAAGUCAGGUCUGAAGUCUUGAAUGUUUUGAUUGUUCUCAGGGGAAGCGCAUAUUUUCAUUUGCCAGUGUGGAACAGUGAGGGGUGAAUUUGGAGUGAGUAAAACUCCAGAUAUAUAAAAGACAGGUGAUGGGUAAUUUCCUUAAUGUUAUGGUAUGACUUUAUCCUACAUAAUAUUGCCCGUAUGUAGUUCUGUACUUUAAAAGGUAAAUAUGGAAAUCAAAUUUACUCUAUUUUGUUUCUCUUGUCUUUUCUUACAAUUGACUGUUGGGCAUUAUACAAACAUACUGUAAAUUUGUUGUUAUAAGAUGCUCAUGUAUUCAUAAUUUCCAGUUAAACACAUGGAACAGUUUUUUCUUGGAGAAAAUAUGCACAUAAAAAAUAAACCAGAGCAUUUAAUCUAGACACAAUUGUGCAUUUUGUCAGAUUCAUAGUACCCAGAAACAGAAGAGCAGAUGGUGAAAUACCGUUCCAAAAACAAAGUUCAUACUUUUACCUUAUAUUUAGGACACAAGGUAGCACUGGCAUCUGUACUGUAACAGGCUUUUCAUUUCUGAAAAGGAGGUAAAGAUUAUUAUUUGAUAUAGGAAGGACCAAUGUGGUCUUAAGUUCCAUUAAUCCAAAUGCAUAAAAGAUAUCUGAUGUAUAGUUCUACACUACACUGGAAGCAAAAUUAAUGCUUUAGAGUAAAAGAGCUUGCCAGAGCUUGUAGCAUAUCUAAUAUUUGGAAAAUGGCAUUCAGUAAUAUGUAAUCUUUCAAGCCUAAAUCAAUUGACUUUCUGAAAGGGGUAUCUUCAAGGCUUUGGAAUACCUAAGGGUAUCAUUCCAUGCAAGCUACUUUUUACACCACAUUUAUGAAACAUCGGAGAUUGGGAGGAAAACAGUAGCUGGUCAUAAAUGUGGUAUCAUUGUUAUGUAAAUAGCCAUUGAAUUUUGAUGUGUAUAUACAAUAUUAGAUUCUAUUAAAUUUUGAAGCAGUGGCUGGUCUUGUGAAACAAAUGUUUAUAUUGUCUCUCUAUCUCACUCCUCAGUUUUAUAGUGGGCAAGGACAGUAUAGUUAUUUUUACAUUUUUAUGUGAAUUCCCAGCAGUGUGAUAUUCUCAUUAAAGUUCAUUUUUCUUGAUUAUUUUUUAAGCAAGUUUUUUUUCUCUUGUAUGGUAAUUAUUAGUGGUCUUUUUCACAACAUUUUUGUAACAUAUCUUGUAGUAGUGGUACUAAUGAUAAUGUUACCAUUAGUAUUAUUACUACUCAGGACUCUUUUGUAACCACACUGCAGCUGUUAAUAUUUACUUUUAAAUGAAAACCCUGCAAUGUAUUUUAACUGGUUUUGCAGUAUACUUUAGUUUUUCAUUGUAUGUCAUUGUGACAAUGUUUUUUGCUGUAUAAUUGUACUCUUCUUUCCAAUACACCAAACCACCAUUGCCUACAACUACUAUUAUGAUGGUGGUCAUGUUUGUUUUUUAUGGAUGCUCACAUCUUCACUCAAUUACCAUUAUGCUGCUCAUGGAUCCUAAUACAAUUUCUUAUUUUUACAGUAUUACUUGAUAUAUAUAUUUCGAAAGGAAAGUAUGUUUUAACUAUGCAUCUAUUUGGUUUAGGAUUAAAGUGCAGUUUAUUUGCCUUUAUUUUUAAGAGUGUGUGUUCCAAAUGGUUUCUGAGUAUUACCAGUAUCUCUAUUAUUAUUAUUAUCAUCAUCAUUGUUUAUCUAUUUAUUUAUGCUAUUUUAAUUACUAUUGUUGUUGUUGUUAAUGGCAUUAUUAGUAGUAGUAUUGCUGUUACUGAUUAUUUUCAUGGAAAUGAUGACUAUUAUUGUUUUACAUAUGGUAAUUAAAUUUUCCUUUGACGGACAUAGCUGGGGUAUUGAUAAUAAGCAAAAAGCAUUCAUUUCAGAUAGUUCUCAGAUGUCUAGUCAAACCUUUGCGUGUGUGUGUGUAAUGGCUUUUUUGUGAUACUAGAGAAGUUGAAAAAUAUUCACUAGGUUGCUUAAUUUAUUCAGUUUGAAAUGGUAUUCUGUGUUCUUCCAGCAAAGAACUGGUAACUUUGUCAUGAUAGUGAACGAGAGAAUUGUAUAUUGAUACUACAGUUUAUAUUGGCUGUAACCCAUGUGCAUUUUAAUAACUCACGAUGUAAUAAAGAAUGGAUCAUUUU